AUGUCUACUAUCAUGUUCGCCGACGUCGAAUUAGACGCUGUUGCGUUCGGAUUUGGUGUCGUCUCGCUGCUGAGCAGCUUAAUUUCUAUCGGCUUCGGAACCGGGUUGAUGUAUGUCUUAGGAGACGUUGCAGGAGAGACUCUCAAGAAAAUAGGAACACGGUAUCCGAUUUUAUUCGUCUUUGCGCUUUCGAUUCCACAGGUCUGGGCAGGCAUAUGUAUCGUUACAUUUUUCCUUUGCACUGGUGUAUUUGCCUGGAACGCAUCUGAUAAAGGGUGGACAGCCAAGGCAGGAAUUAUUCUCUCUGCAGUACUCACAGUUGGUCACCUUAUUGCCUUUGCAAGAUUGUUCCAUAAACAACACACUGUCGAAAAUCUCAUUGAUAACGAAGGUGAUGGUGGAAUGGAGCACAACAUCCAUAUAGCCCACCUAGCUCAGCGAAUGGCAAAGUUUUCGGACGAACCUGACCAAGGAGAACGUAAAAAUCGCCCAGAAUUUUUGGACUUCACCGCUCAAUAUGGAGGAUCUGGUCUGGGUCAUUUUAGGAACAGUCCACCUGGGUCAAUGUCGGCUGGGAUAGAGCAACAGCUAGGCAAACCGGUUGUUCAGAGUCCAGAUCCAAUGGUCCAAGAGUUUCAGAUGGGCUCGAGAAGAAGCCCUAAUGUGACGCGAUCGUUGAAUACAAAUGGAAAUGGUGAUCGGAAUGGUAGUGAGCGCUCGAGAGUGUCUGGGGGAUUGUUUGACGCGACAGAGGGGAUGACCAAGUAA